ACCGGCUUACUGGGGCACUUGAAUGGAAUAGUCAUGAAUAGUCAAGUUGCACUUGUGUUUUUCCUGCAUUGACAAAUCUAAUGUCUGCCAUAAUGAAAAAGGCCUAAUAAUCUAAGACAUAACUCCUAUCAGCAUAUGACGGGAGUGGCUUUAUUGGAGCACCAGUGUACCUUGCCUGGCUGAUCCCGCCCCUAGCUGGGGAGAAAUCUGGUCCACAGACUUGCAGCGGAGCCCAUCGCAGUUGACUGUUUGAGCAGCCCACCCCUGUCUGCAGUAUGCAUGUUCGCCAGGGAAUCCGCGAAGCGCUCACGUCCCAGCAGUGUACUUCACCGGCCAGAGACCAUCUACUCAAGAGUCGAGGAUAAUAAAAUUGGAUGUGGCAGGCGGACCGGAGGCGGAAAGCCGGGAGUGACCAGAGGAAUACAGUAUUACUACAGGACUACAGGCUGCCGCUCUCCUCUGAACGUGGACAAUCAUGCAUGUGCUCUUCUGGGGCUUGGGGUUACUACUAUUCCCUGAUUUUUUGAAUGUAGUCGCAUCUACGGGGACAUUUCUUUUCAAUUCAAACACAGUAAAAGAGGAGAUCGACGCUUAUGAGAUUGUUACACCGGUGCGAGUGAAUGAAGCGGGUGAAAAGUUUCCAACCAGUGUGCACUUCAAGAGGAAAAGACGAAGUUUAGACGAGAGCAUCGGCAACAGUACGGAUCACUGGGCCUCGCCAGAUAUCCACUACAGGAUUUCUGCUUUCGGACAGAAUUAUCACCUCAACCUCACGCUGGAUUCGGGAUUUAUCGCACCUCUUUACACUGUGACAGUACUUGGAGUACCGCGAGGAGAUAACAUAACGGAUUUUGCAACAGAUGGGGAGGUAGAGGAGGAGGAGGAGGAGGACACGGAGUUAAGGCACUGCUUUUAUAAGGGACAUGUAAAUGCACAAGCAGAACAUGCCGCGGUCAUCAGUUUGUGCUCAGGACUGCUUGGCACUUUCAGGUCUCCAGAAGGGGAGUAUUUUGUGGAACCGCUACACAGCUAUCAAGGAGAACAGUAUGAAGAGGAACACACGAAACCUCAUGUUGUAUACAGGAAGAGUGCACCCAAAAAACACGCAUCUGGGGAGAACUCCGCUUGUGACACUUCAGGACACAAACACAGACAUAAGAGACACAAGCCUAAGAGAAGACCCGUGACUGGGGUGACCACCGUGUCCAAUGCAGACCCUGUGGCCAGAACUGGUAUAUUCAAAGACUUGGAGUCGCUGAGUGCCAGCCUGGCCAGCGAUGCCUUGCUCAGAUCAGAGAGCGUCAGUGCCAGCACGAGAGCAUCAAAUGAUAGCAGCGGUGACUCAGGACCUCACAGGAGAUCAAAGCGCUUCCUUUCCUACCCGCGCUUUGUUGAAGUCAUGCUGGUGGCCGACAGUAAAAUGGUGGAGCAUCAUGGCAGCAACCUACAGCACUACAUACUCACAUUAAUGUCAAUAGUAUCUUCUAUCUACAAGGACCCCAGUAUUGGCAACCUGAUUAACAUUGUGAUUGUAAAGUUAGUCAUAAUAAACAAUGAGCAGGAUGGUCCAGUCAUUUCUUUUAAUGCACAGACCACUUUAAAGAACUUCUGUAUUUGGCAGCAGAGCCAGAACAUCCUGGAUGAUAACCACCAUUCCCAUCAUGACACUGCCAUCCUAAUCACCAGGCAGGACAUCUGCAGAGCAAGGGAUAAAUGUGACACCUUAGGACUUGCAGAGUUGGGUACAGUGUGUGAUCCAUACAGGAGCUGCAGCAUCAGCGAGGACAAUGGACUCAGCACUGCAUUCACCAUCGCCCAUGAACUUGGCCAUGUGUUCAACAUGCCUCAUGACGACAGUAACAAGUGUAAAGAGGAUGGAGUUAAGAUUCAGCAGCAUGUGAUGGCUCCCACACUUAAUUACAACACAAACCCUUGGAUGUGGUCCAAGUGUAGCAGGAAGUACAUCACAGAGUUCCUCGACACGGGAUAUGGUGAAUGCUUGCUUGACGAGCCUGUUUCUAGGCCAUACAGUCUCUCGCAGCAGCUGCCUGGACGGAUAUACAAUGUCAAUAAACAGUGUGAAUUGAUAUUUGGACCAGGAACGCAGGUGUGCCCUUAUAUGACCCAGUGUCGGAGGCUAUGGUGCACCAGUCCCGAGGGGGCCCAGCGGGGCUGUAGGACCCAGCACAUGCCGUGGGCAGAUGGCACUGACUGCUCCCCUGGAAAGCACUGCAAACACGGGCUGUGUAUAGCCAAAGAGCAUGAUGCCACACCUGUGGAGGGGGCAUGGGGAGUUUGGAGUCCUUUUGGUACCUGUUCCAGGACAUGCGGCGGGGGCAUCAAGAUCGCGGUGCGCGAAUGCAACCGACCCGUGCCCAGGAAUGGAGGAAUGUAUUGUGUGGGUCGCCGAAUGAAGUUUCGUUCCUGUAACUCUGAGCCCUGCUCCAAGCAGAAGAAAGACUUCAGGGAGGAACAGUGUGCGGCUUUCGAUGGCAGGCACUUCAACAUCAACGGUCUACCUCCUAAUGUUCGCUGGGUGCCCAAAUACAGCGGAAUCCUGAUGAAGGACAGAUGUAAGCUGUUCUGCAGGGUGGCAGGCAGCACGGCCUACUAUCAGCUCAGGGACAGGGUCAUUGAUGGCACGCCGUGCGGACCCGAUACCAACGAUAUCUGUGUCCAGGGCCUGUGCAGGCAAGCAGGCUGUGACCAUGUCUUGAACUCUAAAGCCAGGAGGGAUAAGUGCGGCGUGUGUGGAGGCGACAACUCCUCCUGCAAAACUGUGGCAGGAACCUUCAACAUCGUCCGCUAUGGCUAUAAUGAAGUAGUUCGAAUACCCAGUGGUGCUACAAAUAUAGAUGUGCGUCAACACAGCUACUCAGGGAAACCGGAGGAUGACAACUACCUCGCCAUAUCAAACAGCCGUGGAGAGUUCCUGCUUAAUGGAGAGUUUGUGGUUAGCAUGUUCAAAAGGGAAAUAAAAAUAGGAAAUGCCGUCAUCGAGUACAGUGGCUCUGACCAUGUCAUUGAGAGGAUCAACUGCACUGACCGCAUUGAGGAGGAGAUCAUUGUCCAGGUGCUGUCUGUGGGGAAUCUUUACAACCCAAAUGUCAGGUAUUCCUUUAACAUCCCCAUCGAGGACAAACCUCAGCAGUUCUUCUGGGAUGCCUAUGGGCCCUGGCAGGAGUGCAACCGUCUGUGCCAAGGAGAGCGUAAGCGGAAGAUUCUCUGCAGCAGAGAAUCAGACAGGGUGGUGGUCUCAGACCAGAGGUGUCACGGUACAGCUAGACCUGCUGUUAUCACUGAGCCCUGCAACACUGAAUGCGAACUCAGGUGGCAUGUGGCUCGUAAGAGUGAGUGCACAGCCCAGUGCGGCCUGGGAUAUCGCACCCUGGAAAUAUACUGUGCCAAAAUCAGUCGUACAGAUGGCAAGACCCAGAAGGUUGAUGACCGCUACUGUAGUGGUCAGCACAAACCUGAUGAUAAGGAAGGUUGCCAUGGGGACUGUAACCCGGGAGGCUGGGAGUACUCACCUUGGUCAGAGUGCUCCAAGAGCUGUGGUGGGGGCACUCGCCGUAGAGGGGCAGUGUGUCGAAAGGCAGCCGAGGCUGGCGGUGAUGAAAGCAAAUGCAGUCAAAGGGACAAGCUGACCGUCCAACCCUGCAAUGAAUUCCUCUGUCCACAAUGGAAGACUGGUGACUGGUCCGAGUGUCUUGUGACAUGCGGGAAAGGCUAUAAGCACCGUCAGACAUGGUGUCAGUUUGGUGAGGACCGUCUAGACGACCGCUUUUGCGGCUCUUCUAAACCUGAGUCGGUGCAGACGUGUCAACAGCAGGAGUGUGCCUCUUGGCAGGUCGGACCCUGGGGACAAUGCACUACCUCGUGUGGGCCAGGCUACCAGAUGCGAGCGGUGAAGUGUGUGGUCGGCUCUUAUGGUGCUGUCAUGGAUGACACAGAAUGUAAUGCUGCCACUAGACCCACUGACACCCAGGACUGUGAACUGGCCCAGUGUCCCAGCAGCCACCCUGUUCCCCCAGGGACCAAAGUCCCCACCCACCAGGGCCACAAAACCCAGUGGCGGUUUGGUUCCUGGACCCAGUGUAGUGCCAGCUGUGGCAAAGGGACAAGGAUGCGCUAUGUGAGUUGCCGUGACAAUCAGGGUGGUGUGGCAGAAGAGUCGGCCUGUGCCCACCUACCAAAACCCCCUGCCAGAGAAGUAUGCUCAGUAGUGGCUUGUGGACAGUGGAAAGUGCUGGAAUGGACUGUGUGCUCGGUAACGUGUGGUCAGGGGAAGACGACGCGGCAGGUGCUGUGCGUCAACUUCAGUGACCAAGAAGUGAAUGCUAGUGAGUGUGACCCAGAUGAUCGUCCUAGCACAGAGCAGGACUGUGCUAUGUCUCAAUGCCCGUCCCGCUCCAGUGAGUCCCGACCGUUCCCGUCCUCACCAAACUCCAGUGGCAGGAACAACCUACCCCGCAGCCAAUCCCAUCAAUGGCGGACUGGACCCUGGGGCGCAUGCUCCAGCACAUGUGCAGGAGGUUUCCAGCGGCGGGUAGUAGUGUGCCAGGAUGAGAACGGGUACCCUGCCAACAGCUGUGAGGAUCGCAGCCGGCCCAAUGAGCAGCGAUCCUGUGAGUCAGGGCCAUGUCCACAGUGGAUCUAUGGCAACUGGGGAGAGUGCACCAAGCCAUGUGGAGGCGGGAUAAAGACGAGGCUGGUGGUGUGUCAGCGUCCAAACGGCGAGCGUUUCAAUGAUCUGAGCUGCGAGAUCCAUGACAAGCCACCAGAUCGUGAGCAGUGCAAUACUCAGCCGUGCCCAUCUAGUCCCCAUUGGAACACAGACCCAUGGAGCUCGUGCUCUGCUGCCUGUGGAAGAGGGUUCAAGUCCCGUAAAGUAAGCUGCGUCACUGGGUCUGGCCGCCCUGUCCCUGAGGAAAACUGCCAGGCUCUGUCCCCCAAACCCAAUAAGCAGAGGCGCUGCCGAGGCGGACGAUGUCCCAAGUGGAAGACAGGCAGCUGGGGAGAGUGUUCCGCAUCGUGUGGCGACGGCGUCCAGCAACGAGAGGUGUUCUGCCAGGUCGGAGACCGACGCAGCCCGCUGGAGAGCGGCUGCUCCCAGCGCUCCAGACCGGCGUCCAGCCAGAGCUGCCGGGUCGCCGACUGCCCCUCUCGGUACCGGUGGAAGGAAGGAGACUGGCAGACGUGCAGUAAGUCGUGUGGAGCCGGCCACCGACGACGAGCCUUGCAGUGUGUGGACCAUAACAAGCAGGAGGUCCACGAGAUGUACUGUGUGAACCAGAUCAGGCCUCCAGACAUAGAGAGCUGUAACACCCACGCCUGCGCGUUAAUCUGGAUCACAGGGGAGUGGACCGAGUGUUCAGCCAGCUGUGGCCAGGGCUACCGCCAGCGUCUGAUCUCCUGCAGCGAGGUGCAUGUGGAGAAUGACAACUAUGAGUACGGCCAUCAGUCUUUGUCCAACUGCCCCGGGACGCCCCCUGAGAGCUACAUGCCUUGUAAUUUGGCGCCUUGCCCGCCGCCACGGGAGUGGAGGGUUGGAAUCUGGGGACUGUGUUCAGUGAGCUGCGGUGAUGGAGUGAUGGAGAGGACGGUGCAGUGUGUGACAGCAGAUGGUCAGGAAAGCAAUGGGUGUCUUCAAGACAGCAAGCCAGAGGCUAGAAAAGUCUGCAGAAACCCAAGCUGCCGUUUGCCUUCUAGCUGUCAGGAAGUCCAGAGCAUGAAUGGUCUCCUCCCGGACGGUGAACACUUUCUCAAUAUUCGAGGCAAAGCACUCAAGGUCUACUGUGCAGGAAUGCAGACAGAAACUCCACAGGAGUACAUCACCUUGGCAACGGGAGAAGCAGAGAAUUUUUCAGAAAUCUUUGGCUUCAGGCUCAAUGACCCCACCCAGUGUCCAGCCAAUGGCUCCAGAAGAGAGGAUUGUGACUGUCGGAGAGACUACACCGCUGCAGGCAUCACCACCUUCUCAAAAGUCCGUCUGGACCUCAGCAACAUGAACAUCAUCACUACAGAUUGGCAGUUUGCUUUCACUCGGGAAGGCAAUAACAUCCCAUUUGCUACAGCUGGCGACUGCUACAGCGCCGCACGAUGUCCACAGGGGCGGUUCAGGAUCAACCUCUCAGGAACAGGCUUUAAGGUCACUGAGGAUGCCUCCUGGAUCUCCCAGGGCAACUACGCAGUGGCAGAUGUACAAAAAUCACAGGGUGGCAGCAGAGUGUCAGGCAUGUGCGGAGGCUACUGCGGUAAAUGUACACCAUCCUCUGGCUCCAGCCUGUCUGUAACAGUGGAAUACAUCUAAUAUCAUUCUGACAGCAUCUAUUUCCAUUCGCCUCGGCAGUCCUCUUCUGGCACUUCUUUUGUUUUCUUUGGUGCUACAGCCAACUCAGAGCUCAAACCCGUCCUUCACGUGACCUCUUUUACUCCGUGUGUGUGUGUGUGUGUAUAGUGUAAAUGAAUCUUCUGUAAGUAUUGUACAGGGCAAGAUAAAAUGUCUUAUUUAUUGUACUCUCUUUUUGUUUUUGUAUUGUAGUGUAUUUUAGCUGUUACGUUUGCAGUAGCAAACAUCACACAGCUGCCAUUCAUCAUGUUUUUGCCAGAAUGUGCCUUCCAGGUUGGAUAUAUGAUAUCUGAACUUUGUUAGCACUGUCAGGACUCCCUAGUGCACGGAUUACAGCCAUACGAUGUGUUGUGUUUUGAUAAUGUUACUGUUGUGAUGGACCAAGAUUUUGCAGACAUAUGUACAGAUGCCCAGUAUAACCACAGUCUCCUUUUAAACUGUGUGCCUUUGAGGAUCUCCUCAUUGAAUAUUACCAGUAAGUCCAGAGACUUUUCCAGUUCUAAGCUGUGGGAAACUGGAUUGUGGUCAGGCCGCCCCACCUGUAUCGCUCCAGCUUUAACCUGCAGCUGCAAGUGUUUGUUCAGGUGGGCUCGUUAACUGCAGUACUUGCUCAUUAAGGGUCAGGUGCAACAAUAACACACUGCAGGAAAAAGCCAGGUGUCGCCGCCAUGUCAACCUCAUGUGGCAAAUACAUCCACGCUGGUGCUGUAAUUUCUGGGGAUAAAAAUAUUCACUCUCAUUUAGAUUACUACAACAUAUAGAUGAGGUAGUUUUGUGUAGUGUAGUCUUGCCAAUGGAAUAUGAACCAUUUUAGAAUUCACACAGAAGCACCAGAAUUGGUCUUAACCUGUUUUGAUUUUGGAGAAGUUCCAUUAUUGCUUUUGGCUGCGUUUAAAGUAGAAGAUCAGGACACAAACCUCCUCGCAGCAGGAAGAUGGCAGGCAUGCGCUAGCAACUGUGAGGCAGUUGAAGAGUAUGAUAAUACUCUAUUUUUUAAAGUUUUCCAAGAAAGAAGCGUGCUUAUGUCAAGAAAAGCUUGGUGUGGCAGGGGGAUUUACAGGCCAAACUGUAAUGUUUGUCACACACAGGUACAUACACAAUCACAGUGAAACACAUUACUGGAUCGUAAGGAGAAGAUUGUGGGUUACAAAAACUGUUGAGAUUUUGCUGCCCGACAUCAGAGAGAGACAAAUUCCUCUGUGUUCUUGCAUAUCUCUGAGGUAGUGUGCAGUGACCAGAGAGAGCCAUUAGCCUUUAGCUUUCACAGAGCAGACGGGUUGUCUUAUCUGGAGCAACUUGAAAGAGAGACUUCACCUCAGGCCCAUAAAAUUCCAGCAGAUACUCCGGAGAUAUGAUGCACUGGUCCGGCCCUUGAGACACCUCUCAAACUGCUAAGCUCACAGGCCCCGCAGCGAGAUUUCUGUCCAGAUGCUGCCUGUAAACCGUUGCCUUGUGUGCCUCACAUUCUUCCCUCCACUUUUGUUUUUAAGCAUCACUCCAAACUGUACAUACUGAUAUGCUCCAAUGUAGAGCAUUUAGACUUAUUUUUUAAUGACAAUAUCAGGGUACUUCUUGUGUAAGUGUAUGUUUGUGUAUCUCUAUAACUUGUUAGCAGAUCUUUUUGAAACAAAAUGAGUCGAGAAGAAAAUACAAAAAGUAGUUUUGUUUUGUUUUGUUUUUGUUACAUCCUGGAAGUCUUAACUGUAUGUAUGUAGGGUGCACACUCUAUGUACAACUGAUUAAUAAGCCAUAUUUGCUUUUGUAAGCCUUUCUGUAUAUGGUGCUCUCUCAGUGCCUCAUGUGAUAAUGAGCACACCUCAGCCAAAGGAAAUUUCACAGCCUUCAUCUGCAACUAUACAGGUGUGAAGUGAUUUCUAUGGACACAGAGAAGUAAACAUUUUGUGUCCUCCAGUCAUAGCCAAUAAAUGAACUUCUCAUUGUGAAUGUCAGAAUUUAGUUUUGUCAGUUGAUUUCUCAGGUGUCAUAAAUGAAGGGAUUAUUAAGAUGUUGAAGUGUAUUUAUCAGAUUUUUAUUUGUAACGUGUUUAUCAGGUAACUGAAAAUGUAUUAUUGAAGUUUAACAAUGUAAAAUGUCAUUAUAUAUGCUUUAUUUUGUAUGCAAAUAUUUAUUUUUUACCUUUUCUUUAUGUGAAUGUACAUAGGUUUUGACCAUGCAGUAUCUCCAUAAAAUGAGCUGUCUGGGAUCAUGUUUCCUGUUCUGUGAAUACAUUUUUUUUAUAUAGAUUUGUAAUUUCUGCAUCAAUAAUAAAGUAUAAGCAGAGUUUGGGGCAGCCAUAUGAAAAGCAUGAUUUAUGUGUGAAAUCAGAUAAGGCAAUGAUCAGAAGGAAAUAAAAUACCAGAC